GAACUCCGGAUACUAUGCCCACGGGUGAGCAUGGACCUGGUGUACCCAACGCCGCCGACAGCGCCAGUCGCCCUCGACGCACUCGCCGACGCGGCGCUCGCUCGCCUGCGCGUUCUUGUAGCCACCGAUGCGAGCGACGGUGCGCAGCGGACUGCCGCCGACGCCGUCGGGUACUACGGCCUCCGCCUCAUGGUGGCAGCGACUAGCGACGCUACCUUCUUCCACGAGUGGUGGCUUCGCGCCGAGACCAAGCUCUUCCGCGCACGCUUGCUUUGGUACCUCGACUCGAACGCGACGGUCGUCGCCAAGAGCGCGCUUGUCCAGUACCUCUUGGCGUUGGCGCCGACUACGUAUGCGACCGACGACGACGGCGCGCUGCUCGUGCCAUUUUACGAGGUACCGCCGCUCGUAGCGCAGAGGCAUACGACGCUACGUGGCGGCUACUGCCGCGUCUCGUCGCUCUCGCACGACAUGGCGGUGCUUUUGACACAGCACCGGGCGACGGCGCUCGAAACCGAGCUCACAACCGCGACACGAACGCUCUCGUUUCUGGACCUGGGUCGGUUUGCGAGCCUCAUUGCACGUGUACAAGGCGCGAUCCGCGAGGCGUGCCAGAGUCGGACAGUCGGCGUACGUGGCGGUCGCCGGCGCCUGGCGUGUACGGCCGACGUGGACGCGGCGCCGCUCCCGCUGUGCAUGGCCUCGCUCUAUACGACGCUGACGCAAACGCGUCACCUCAAGUACGACGGUCGUAACCAGCUCCGGCUCUUCCUCAAAGGCGCGGGGUUUACGUACGCCGACAACUAUGCCUUUUGGAAAAGCCUCUUUUGCCCGCCGACGACUCCCGCUGAGUUUGAGAAGAAGUACGCGUAUAACAUCAAGCACGGGUACGGCCUCGUGGGCAGUCGGAAGGACUAUGCGCCCUUCGACUGCAUAUCGAUCCAAAACGGACCGGCUCCGCGCGCCGGGCAGUGCCACGGGUGUCCGUUCAAGCACUGGGAAACCUCGUUUCUUGUCGCCAAGCUCCGGCCAACCGUCGGGCUCGAAACCGCGACUGCGAUCGCCGAGAUGGCAAAAAGCGGCCAGUAUGGCCGAGCGUGUGCGAUGCAUUUUGAAGCCAAAACAAAGCGGCAAGUCGCUACGAUUGCGCACCCGAAUGUGUAUUUAGACAUGGCCCACGCCGAGUAUUAACGGAAAAUCCCAAAAUCUCCGGAAAAUGUGAUGCCCUUGGGUGUAUGUACGAGCCCAGUUUACACUG